AUGUGGAAUUUUGUUUUGUUAGAUACUUGUGGUAUUUCAUGUCGAAAAAAUGUUUCUGGUGUAUUCAUCCAGGUGCGUAAUGCCACUAAAAGAGCUGCCGGUUCAAGAACAAGUAUGAAGGACUCUGCAGGUAGGAGAUUGGGCCCAAAGAAAUACGAAGGCCAAGAUAUUACAAGUGGCGAAAUCAUUAUGAGGCAAAGAGGAACGAAAUUCUAUCCUGGCGAGAAUGUUGGUAUAGGGAAGGAUCAUACCAUAUUUGCUCUGGAACCUGGUGUUGUCCGGUACUAUCUUGAUCCUUUCCAUCCAAAGAGAAAAUUCAUUGGUGUGGCUUUAAGCCGUGAUCUUAAAUUACCGUCUCCUCACUUUGAACCCACGUUCAGAAGAUUUGGUCGUUGUGAGCUAACUAACAAAAGAGCAUCUUCCAAAGAAGAGAGUUCUCUCUCUAGAAAAGAUUACCUUGCGAAGCCUGAUAUUUUAAAACGUCUAGAAAGUAGAGACUCUAAAAGGAAGGAACUACAGAAGGAAUUGGCAAAAGCUCUUACAGAAGAACUUAAGUUAAACGUAAAGGACAUCGGCUUGGCAACAUCAUAUUUAACUCGCGUAAGAGCUUCCCUGAAGAAUGGGUUCUCCGUUGAAGAUGCGGUGUUUAAUAGCAGAUACUUUUUAAAAACAGAAGAGAGUUUAAGAGCAAAGAGAGAAAACUGGCCAAGUGAGAAAUUGACAGAAAGUUUGUCCAAAAUCGACGAGUGUAGCGACCUUUUGAACUCAUCUACUUCUUUCAAUAAUAAACUAGAAUUAAUCGGGUACAUUUCUGAACAAGAGAAACAAGCUUUGAAGGUAAAACUAAUAGAGAGCCUAGAGAAAAUCCCAAGCCUACAAACCAAAAAAGAUAAGAAUGCCACCAAAGCUCUUUUCAAAGAUGCAGGGAACUUUUUAACUUUAUCUGAAGAGGUACAUCUGCGUAGAAAAUAUUUGAAGCCUGUCUUUCCAGAAACAGAGAACACCAUCGAAACCAAAAUCGGAAAGAAGUCAAUUGUUUCUAGGCGUUUUGACUAUAUCAGAAAUAAGGUCGAAGUCAUCGCUAGAAGCAAGCAAGCCUUUUUGAGCAAGCUUUGA